GAAAGACGAGGCAGAGGAGGCGCAGCUGCUGUGCUCGGGCCCUUUUUACCGACCUCUCUUGGGACACGGGCGAGAGUUCCGCCCGUUUUGCCGCUUGCGCGCCGGGGGCUGGAAAGGAGCGCCGUCCCACGGCUACGCGCCCGGGCCGCACGGGACGAUGCAGGGCGGCAUGCGCGGGGGCCCGCCCGGCCCGCGGGGAGGGCCGCUAG